CCGCUAUGAGGCCAAGACGGAGAAAGGAUGUUACUGACAAAAGUUCUGAAGAGAUUAGUCGAGACUGAGAUCAGGACAGCGCUGCAGAGAGUUCUUUACACACCAAGGUUCCACUUAACCAAGCAAGAUGAAGAAAUGCUCCACUUCUAUUAAUGGUAAUGAAGAUAUAGUCUCUGCUUUUCACAACUCUGCUAAAAUGAGAGAAAAAGUGUGCCAUGUAAAUACCGUCAGCAUCAGAGCACAGAACAGAGAGAGACCAGGGUCCAGAUGUCCAAGAACAUGCAGCCACGUCCCCAGAGAGCGACCGAACUCAACGGUCUUGACAUCCGGGGUGAGCUUGCGCUCUCAUCAGAGACGCUGGUCAGUUGACUUCAUUAAAUGCCAGACACCGCCUGUCAUCAUGGUGAGGAAGAACAAAAAGGAACCUGACCCUCCUCAGCGCACUGCUUCCCUUCUGCGACUAGAGACAUCCUCGCAUUCGUCUUUCAAGCGAUACUCAUGCCCCCCCAUUGGGAUCUUUUCAUCGACAUCUUCCUCUUCUUCCUCCACCUCCUCCUGUUGUUCCCCAACUUCUGUUCCCACAUCUGUCAUCAUCGGCCCAGAUCCUUUAGGAUGGAAAAUACAACCCAAAUUCAGGUCUAACUCCUCUCAGAACCGCACCAAGAGGCUGUCUCUGCAAAUUCCUCUCCCUACUCUCCCUACUCUCAGCUCUCCAAACCUGGAACCUUCGUCUCAAACCAAACCUCAACUUAGACCCAAACCUUCCCGCCGCCACCACUCUGAGUCUUCUGCCUUCCUGAAAUCGCUCGGGAAGACUCUGCCUGUGGUGACUCUUGAGCAGCUCCAUGCCGUGCAUCUCCGGCGAGUUCGCCUUUCCGAUGAAUCGGACGACGUCUUUGAUGAGCCGGGUCAAAGCCAGGGAACAGUGACUGCUUCACCCCAGAAAAUACCGCCCCCUAUUCGAGAGAAGACAGCCAUGGCCAGGAAAAUAGCACAGCUGAUUGCUUGUUCAAGGCAGCCUGGCAGGCCAGUUACAGCCAACAUCAACAAGAUCACUGCAAUGAAGCCAACGUCUGAACAUUGGCAGAAUAACGACUAUAACAACACGUGUGCCACAAAAAUGGCCGAGCUGCAUCUUGAUAACGUCUGCAACAGGAACAGGUGAACCCCACGCUUCCCCGGCCGUGAAAUGUGAGGAGAUAACUGAAGAGUCUCCUCCUCAGCUUCACAAAUUACGACCACAGGGUGUGAAGCCGAGAGAACAAACUGUCCCCGAAGACAAGUUCAGUCUAGUUUUCCUUUUUUAUGAUCUAAGGACUAAUUAUUGCUGAAACUGUUGAAAACAAAAAUGUGUCAUUACUUCAAUAUUUUACUCCCCCCCCAAAGCAUCUGUGCCUUCUUGCAAUUGCAGUCUAUGUUUUGUUUGUGGAAAUUAUUGGGGUGACUGAAAAUGUUUGUACAUGCCCAGGUUAUGCAAUUACUUUUGAAUUGAACUUAGUCAAAUUUGUUUGUUUAUAUGCAAUUACCUCAUCUGAGUUGAACAAAAAGUCUGAAAUAAAGAUAAUGAGGCAUCAUAAUUUAACUACUGUUAACUACAACUACUGUUGUCAGAUAUUGUGUGUGAAAAACACAGCAGGUUCCCUUUAUCAUUAAAAACAACAUGGACAUGAGAAUACUGAAUUUAUCCAGCAAAAAUGAAUGCUUUUAUAAAUGCUUUAUAUGAAUAAGAUUUCAAACUAAAUCCUAAUGUGCACAACCCAAGGUUACAAUAAAUUUGGCAUUGCACUUCCUAGCGGGAUACAAUUUUUCUUCAUAAUGUAAUAGUUUGCGGCUCUGGGAGGCUUAGAUAACCACAGAAAUGUUAACACAUUAAUCCUCAUCUGCAUUUUAAUUCCCGUACAUCCAGGACCACUGACCCAGAGUGGGUGAUAAGAUUGUAAAGAACCGUUUUAGGGAGAAGAAACUUGCUAAUAAGCGUAUGAAGCUGCCUGUUGCCCUGCGGCUUCCUCAUAAAGUGACAAUGAAACUUUAAACAAGCUUCAGAUGCGGUUGUGUUCAAAACCUCUACUCUGACAGAAACAUCUGAGAGGGAAAACCAGUUUCUACCUAAAUAUCAUGCUACAUAUUGCAGCUUUAAGGUGAAGGCAGGAAGAUUUCCUUCGCUUUUCAGCCUCAUCACCAAAUAUUUUAGCUUUCAUUGGUGUGGAAAAAAACAUGGAACAGUGUUGAACCAUCCCAGGACUGGAUGCCUUACCAAAGUUACCAAAAAUGCACCGAUAUGAAAAUUUGGGCCGAUAUCAAUAUCCAAAAUUAAUAUUGCUGUUAUGGUAAAUAACCAAUAUUAACUGAUGAAUACAUUUUAUGAAUAUUUCACUACCCUUUAAAAAAAACAAUCACGACACUAACUUUAUCACUGCUUCAGACAAACUCUCCACAAUCCUACGCUACAUCACUAUCAGACACACAUCCCAGAUGAUUUGCACUCGACUCAUCCUGAUGUUACAACAAAUUUCCGGGUAGAGCUAGAAGACAUUAAAUUAAAGGUUUAAAGGGGCAGUAUUCCCUAAUGUAAUGCUUCAAUUGCUGACUGCAUGUUCGGUAUUUUUUGUGUCUUUAUGAUGUAAAGCACUUUGAACUGCUUUGUUGCUGAAAUGUGAUAUACAAAUAAACUUGAUUUGAUUAAAGCUAAAAAUGGGAGAAGUUACAACGUUGACAUUAAUGGAGAUCUAAAAACAAAAGCAGUAAAAUCUGAAUUAAAAUACGUUGGGUUUACUUCAGGUGUGAGUGAGAUCGGAUCGGGCGCUGAAUAUUUUUGGCUCGAUGGAAACUAUUGAAGACGCAUACACAAGGGUGGCAAAUAUUUUCUGUUUUUUUAUACUCAGACAAAGUAGUAGUCGCUUAUAUUAACCGUUAGUAGUGACAGUGAUAGUCCAGGACUUGCUGUUUACGGGUACGUCACAAAAAAUUUGGAGUAUUGUGAAAAAGUAACUUUUUGAUCCUUAUUUCAGAAAGUAAAACUCCUAUAGAUUCGUCACACACUGACAUUUCUUUCUUCUAAUUUUGAUCAUUAUGGCUCACAGUUAACGAAUAACCAAAGUUCAAUCAGAAAGAUACAGAACAGGCUGGAAAGAUAUAUUUACAAAAGUUCAUUUUCUUAAGCUCAAGUAACAAAAAUAGAAGGAAAUACAAUUUCAAAAGUAAAAGUGUGUACUACUUUAAAAUAAAUGUGCAUUUCUGUGCAUGAAGUUAAAUUAUGGAAUAGUUUGGAUAAAGAGUAGGAAAAAUGCUUUACUGUAAAUCCAUUUAAAACACUUUAAAAGAAAAAAAUGAUUAAAUCUAAUAAAUUUUUGAGUUAAAAAGGAGAAUGACAUACUCUUUGCAGCUUUUAUGUUUAAUUUUAUGUAUACGGCCUUGAAAAUUUACUUUGUAAUUAGGGACAGGUUUGUAUAACAUUGUUCUUCUCCCUGCUUCCUUUUCAUAAGUGUAUUAGUAAAUUAAUGAUGGAAUUUGUAAAGUCGAGUGAAUAAACUAAUUGACCGAAGAAGAAAUACGUGUGGCUUAGUUUUGAAUUCAAUUGUUUAAUACAAUAUUAAUCCUCAAAAGGAAAUGACAUCAGG